AUGAAGGAGUUAGGUGAUAUUACCUAUUUUUUGGGCAUUUCAGUUGUCCAUUCUCCUGCAGGCUACUUCUUAUCUCAGUCUAAGUAUGCUCUUGACAUUCUUGAUAAAGCUGGCUUAACCAACUGUAAACCUUGUGCUGCUCCUAUGUCUGUUAAACCCUCUUCUAUUGCUUCUCCUUCAGUUCCUUUUUCUCAGCCGUCUCUUUAUCGGAGUCUUGUGGGCGCUCUGCAGUAUCUUACCAUCACCCGACCUGACAUUGCUUUUGCUGUUAAUCAUGCUUGCCAGGCCAUGCAGUCUCCUUCUGAGGCUGAUUUUGCUGCUGUUAAACAUCUUCUUCGAUAUUUGAAGGGGUCUCUUUCUCACGGCUUGCAGUUUGCUUCGGGUUCUCUUGAUCUUUUUGCCUUUUCUGAUUCAGAUUGGGCUGGCUGUGUAGUUGAUCGUCGGUCUACUACGGGGUAUUGUGUCUUUUUGGGCCCCAAUCUGAUCUCUUGGUCCGCUAAAAAACAACCCACCGUCUCGCGUUCAUCCACUGAAGCUGAGUAUCGUGCUUUAGCCCAGGUGGCUGCUGAGCUUUGUUGGCUUCAAAUGCUUUUAUCUGAACUCAAGGUUCCUUCUUGUUGUCCUAUUAUUUGGUGUGACAAUUUAUCUGCUAUCUCGCUCAGUUCUAAUCCGGUGUUUCACGCUCGUUCUAAGCAUAUUGCUGUGGACUAUCAUUAUAUUCGUGAACGUGUUGCUGCUAAACAGGUUGUUGUUCGUCAUAUUUCUUCUUCUGAUCAGCUGGCUGAUCUUUUUACUAAGCCUCUCCCUGUGUCUCGCUUUCAAUUUCUUCUAUCCAAGCUCUUGCCGUCGUCCCCUCCUCUGAGCUUGCGGGGGCAUGAUAAGAAUACAGUUCUGCUGCAAGAACAAGAAACCAAAGAUGAGUCAGCUAUUGCACCAUCACAGCAGAGCAGAGUACAUCGACUCUCAGCAUCUCCAGCAGCACCAGAUUAA